AUUUCUAUUAUUUUCCGGGAAACACUUUUCUUCACUAAGGUGGGUGAUUUCCAAAAGUGUCCCACGUGUUACUGAUGGUGUCUACUGAUUGCCCUGGGAAGCACCUGUCGUCAGGUGUGUGCUAAAGUAGGCAUUGACCUUUUUCCCCUGAUUGCCUCCUGUUGCUGAGAAAAUUCCAUCUUUUCGGCUAAACCUCAAGAAUUUUCCGAAAUGAAUUUCAACGACUUGAGUCGCACUAUGGAUUUGCUUGUGAUGGAAUGCGAAACGGAUUCCGAGCCAUGCUUCAUCCGUCAGGCCAAAGCCGUUCGCCUGUGGGAUACGACCGUCCAUGGCAACAUUGAUUCGAUGGUCUCACUCCAUCGGAGUUUGAAAUCGACCGAACGUGAUCAAUCGCUGCUGGAGGGUGCGGUUCUGCUUAUCGGAGAAACUUUAGCCGAGUUGGAACAAUCAAUCACCCGGUUGGAGCAGUGCCCCCGGGAAGUGGCCUUGCCAUCAUGGCGAACCUCUGCGUCGUCAUCUCUGCGGGGAAAUUUGCUCCCAGACAGAAACAGAUUCUAUCGGAUACUGUUGGAGGUGGAUGCACAGAUGACGGACCCGGAUCGUGAGUGGCCACCUGAUGCCAAUAUGCUGAAGCAGAAGAUAAAUGAGCAUCGACGCUACUACGAAGAGAGUUUUCCCAUCAUUGGUAUCCUUGCUUGUCAGGCGGAAACGCUGGCGGCCAUCGACAAACAGCUGGUUGCAAUCGACGACCGCUUGGAGAAGAAUGACAAUCUAUUUCAGGAUAUGGGACUCCACGCGGACCGAUGGUUGGGUGAGUUUUGCUGCAAUCUGCUGGUGAGUGACCGGAAAAGUGGCUAA